GGAAAGCUCUUGGGUCUUGCAUUCUCACCAGACAGCAGACACCUCGCGUCCGCGGGUGGAGAUGGGAGCGUGACGAUUUGGGACAUCAGCCGCAGCUCAUAUCGAGUUGCCGUCCUCGAAGGCCACUCUGCUCCUGUCCUACACUGUGCAUGGUCCAUCGACGGUGCUUACAUCGCAUCCAUUGGAUACUGGAGCGGGAUGAUCCACAUCUGGUGCACGGCGACUGGACAGGAGCCUCUGCUCUUCAAGGCGCACCAAGAAUGGGUGAACGAUGUGGUAUUCUCCCCAGAUGGUCGACUGCUGCUCUCGGCGUCGAGCGACAAGACGGUGAAGAUAUGGGACGCGCGCACCGGUGCCAUGGUCCAAGCGCUUGACGGGCACCAGUCCACCGUGUACAAGGCGUGCUUCUCCCCGUGUGGGAAGUAUAUUGCCUCUGCAUCUGCUGACAAGACGGUAAGGGUAUGGAGGACAAGCGAUGGAUCAUGUUUGGCGACGCUCUCCGACCAUGGCGCGUGGGUCCAGCACGUUGCUUUUACUACCGACGGGACAAUGCUAUGGUCUGCGGCACACAAUGGAACUGUCUUGGGUCGUCGAUUGCAGGACAUCGUUCCGAAAGUAUAG